AGAACAUGCGAAGGAGACGCAUUCCUCCACGGGAGGAUGCAGUCUGUCAUGUUUCUGCUGGAAGGGACAAACUGGGACUUGAUAUCCACUACAUAAAUGCCUUCAAAGGUCGGGGCAUUUUCACGACUGUUCCAUUCCAAAAAGGAGACUUUCUUUUGGAAUACAGAGGUAAACUCAUAACAAAAGAAGAAUGUGAGCGGAGACACAGAGUUUAUCAUGACAGCCUGAAGGUGUUCAUGUUUGAAUUCAAGUUUGAUGGAAAACUCUGGUGUGUGGAUGCAUCUCAAGAAGAUGGGUCAUUAGGCAGACUUGUCAACGACAACCACAUCAGUCCAAGUGCUAAGAUGAAAAUAUUAAAUAUCAAUGGAAAGCCCCAUCUAUGCUUAUUUGCAAGCAGAGACAUAAGUCCAGGCGAAGAAAUAGACUAUAAUUAUGGUGACUCGGAUUGGCUCUGGAGAUGCAAGACGGAGACCAGCCAGAUUCAGAAGACUGUGAGCUGCCUAAAGCCGCAACCAAACAGCUUUCCAAACAAUGAUCUGGACCUGAAACAUCCAGAGCCUGAAAGGUGUCACAAUCAUCGUCUGGUGUGCACAACAAUAUCAUCUUUGGACAAGUGCAUUCAGUGUGUGGGACCGGUUUCCUCCCUCAAGUGGCUUGGCUAUAAGUGCAAAGAUGAAAUUGCAUUAAGUGAUGCUGAAACAAAGGACAGUGAGAGUGAAUCAGAUGAUGAUGACACAUCACUCACAAUGUCGGCGUGUGGCACCAGUGAGCCUGUACAUGCAGUAGCUGAUUCCACAAACACAGCGCAGCCCCAAGACACUGUAGAUUGUGAUGAAGGACUACUCACAAUGCCUGCAGCAAGUGAGACUGCUGCUCCCUCUGAAGAGAAAAAUGCUGCUCAAUCCCACAAUUCCCGAAGAGCUCCCAAAAACAUGUGGUCCAAGGCUGAGGUUGCUGCAGUGAUGAGCAUUUUAAAGACCACAUAA